UUUUUUUUUUUUUUUUUUUUCUGAAUGAUAACUAUUUUAUCUUCCAAAGUUAAAUUGCUUCAUUUUCCAAGGACACAUCUAUCUCAUGUCACUCAUGCGAUAGUAAAAUCAUGCUUUUUUCAAGACACAAAAGACCCUCGUUAUUUCUUUUCUUUUACGGAGAAUGCCUAUGAAAUAUCAAUUGUUGCCAGUAAAGAAGUAAUCGAUAAUGACUUUAUACCCACUUUGAUCAUGUCUCAGUGUACUGAUAUGAGGUCAUCCAAUGAUAUAUAUCGUGUCUUACAAGUGGAUGAUGAAGGCGGGCAAGGUUCUAGUGGUAAACGUAUCUCAGACCUUUCUGGCCCACUGGCUGCAGGGAAGUUCUCAAUUUUUUACAUGUCAACCUAUCAGACUGACUUUGUAUUGAUCAAAGAAAGACGAUUAAGACAAGCAGUUCAAUUACUACAGCAACAUGACUUUGCAUUCGACCAAGAUUCUGUGGAUCAGUACUUGGGCGGCUCACCACCACUAUCACCAGAGCAUAUGUUGCGUACAAUUGAAAGCCAAACUUUAAAUACAGUAGAAGAAGGCUUUGAAAGGUCGGUCUUACAUGACGAAUUACAGUGUGUGGGGUUGAAUCCCCAUUACCGUUCGGAAUGGGCAAUGACCGUUCUCAAGAUCUUGUCUUACCCAGAGUUGAUUUCUACCACUGAUUUCAAACAGGAUGACACCAGAUUCUUUUCAUAUACAGCAUCAAGUGACGGUAUCUCUCUUUUAGCAAAUCAACGGAUUUUGGAUUUGUUUGAGCCAGAUGCUAUCUUUCAAGAUGAAGGAUCGCAAACUUAUCGCGUAAUUCAGGUCAAUUUAGCUGGUUCUAAUUUAGACCGUUGCGGUAUUGUUUACUCUAUCUCGCAUCCAUUGGCUGCAGAAGCUCAUAUCAAUUUGCUUUACUUGAGUACCUUUAAGAGUGCUAAUGUGUUGGUUUCUUCUGAUGAUCUGGGUAGAGCUGAGGAGAUCCUUGCUGAAGACUUGGAGAAUAUCAAAGGCAUGUUAGCCGAGAUCGUUUUAGAGCCAAUUCUUUAAUGGUUACACACACGUCCCGCCCCCAUCAUAUCUUAUCUAUCGCUUGUGCUACAUCGCUUAUUGAAAAUCUUGGUUUUUAAACUUAGUUUGUACUGAACCAGAAUGCUGUCCAUUUAUACCAAUCGAAGUACAAUAAAAAUAAACUUUUUCCACUU